AUGCCUGCCACCAUCUAUGUCCCAAGUGCUCUUGAGGGCGUCUCCAAGGAUGGAGGAGUCGUCAGCACGCAGCAAAACCCCUUGAGGACCCAAGUGAAGCCCGGCGAUGAUUCUCAGCUCCACACAAUUGAUAGCCUUAUCAGACAUCGCGCGUCUACUUACCCUCAUGAUCACGUUCUCUCAUAUCCUUCCUCAGGCAUCAACUAUGUCGACUACACUCUCCAACAACUGGACGUCUUCGCAUGGCGCGUGGCCAAGCACUACCAGGCCAACCUUCCCACUCGCGAAACAUCAGAUGAGAAGCCAGCGGUCGUUGCCAUGCUGGGUCCUUCGAAUCUCGAGUACUUGAUCACAAUGCUAGCACUGAACAAGCUAGGCCACACUGCCUUGUUGCUAUCAACGCGAAUUCCCCAAAUAGCUGUGGAAUCUUUAGUCAAUGCCACUGGAGCCACGGCUAUCAUCGCCGAUGGGCGAUUCGCAGAGCUUGCAGACAACGUCAGCAACUCCAUCUCAACACUGAGGUGCCUCCCAAUUGCUGGACGAGAGGACUUUGAAUACUCCAUCGAGGCCCAUGGAGACACCCAAUUAGACGGACACCUUGAUCCUAAGAUCGAGACCGAGAACAUCGCUUGGAUUAUACACUCUAGCGGUUCAACUGGUCUCCCCAAGCCAAUCUAUCAGACUCAAAAGUCUUGCUUACCAAAUUACGCCAUCCACAUGAAUAUGAAGUCCUUCAUCACGUUACCUCUAUUCCACAACCACGGCAUCUGCAACAUGUUUCGGGCUAUUCAUUCACGCAAGGCUAUCCAUCUAUAUAACGCGGAUCUGCCUCUUACACAAGACUACCUUCUUAACAUUAUGCGGGAACACUCCUUCGAGAUCUUCUAUGGUGUACCAUAUGCGCUUAAACUUCUGUGUGAGACCGAGGAAGGUAUUGCUCUGCUGAGGGAUAUGAAGGUUGUCAUGUAUGGAGGCUCAGCCUGUCCGGAUGACCUUGGAAACCUACUGGUCGACAACGGAGUAAACCUGGUAGGACACUAUGGAGCUACCGAGGUUGGGCAGCUCAUGACUUCCUUCCGACCUGAUGGAGACAAGGCCUGGAACUAUGUUCGAGAAAGCGAUAAGAUCUCGCCUUUCCUCAAAUGGGUAUCACGAGGAACCAACUUGUAUGAGUGCUGUGUCAUGGACGGGUGGCCAGCUAAGGUACAGUCGAACCAGACCGACGGCUCCUACGCCACCAAGGAUCUUUUCGAGCCUCAUCCUUCAAUCCCCCGCGCCUGGAAGUACAUUGCGCGACUUGACGACACCAUUGUCCUGGUGAAUGGUGAAAAGUUCAAUCCAGUUGCUAUGGAGGGCUCUAUUCGCUCCAACAAGAAUGUCAAGGAAGCUGUUGUGUUCGGAGCCGGCCGACCAUAUCUCGGAGUCUUGGUCGUGCCUUCGGAGAUCUGGGCUGAUGCGGCCUCUGAAGAAAUCCUUGAAGCUGUAUGGCCUAUCGUCAAGCAAUGCAAUGAGUCCGCCGACUCCUUCGCUAAGAUCUCCAAGUCCAUGGUCAAGCUACUUCCAUGGAACUGCGAGUAUCCCCGGACCGACAAGGGCAGUGUUAUCCGCCAGGCCUGCUACAAGAACUUUAAGCAGAUAAUCGACGAAGCCUAUGACUCUGCAGAUGUUUCAUCAAGUGAUCUCAAGGAGAUGGAUAUUGAUGAGCUGAAAAGCUUCAUUCGAGGCCUUCUCGUGGAGACUCUAUCGCUUGGGGAUAUCCCAGCAGACGACGUCGACUUCUUCACUUUGGGUCUAGACUCUCUUCAAGCGAUCCAGAUGAGAAGUGAGAUUCUCAAGACUGUUCAAUUGGGUAACAACAAGCUUGGUCAGAAUGUCGUCUUUGAACAUCCAUCCACUGAGCAGCUCAGUUAUUUCUUGUUGAGUCUUCGCAUCGGCCAAACCUUGAUUAAGCAGACAUCUGUCCACGGGGAGAUGCAGGAGCUUCUGGACAAGUAUGCGACUUUUAAGAAGGUAGACGCCUCAUCAGUGGUUAUCACUGGAGCCACAGGCUCGCUUGGUGCCCAUGUCGUUGCAAAGCUCCUUAUGAAACCUUCUAUCUCUAAGGUCUACUGCCUUGUUCGAGCUUCCGACAAGUCACAAGCACUAUUGCGCGUCAAGCAGUCCAUGCUUGAUCGCAAGGUCUACCACACCCUACCUCUCAAUACUCGACGAAAGAUCGUCGCCCUGCCAUCCGAUCUCUCUGACGCUCAUCUUGGACUUCAAGAAGAUGUCUACACCUCGAUUGUUACUGAUCUCCAGGCGGUAAUCCACUGUGCCUGGUCGGUAAACUUUAACAUGCAGCUUUCAAGUUUCGAGAAAGGCAACAUCGCCGGUGUCAAGCAUCUCAUCGAUCUCUGCCAGGCUGCAGGACCUUCUACUUCCAUGAACUUCUGCUCGUCGGUGAGCACGUGUUCUCAGUCUGAGGUGAUCCCUGUACCAGAGGCUGCACCGCCAUUCACCUGGGCUCAAGGAAUGGGAUAUGCUCAGUCCAAGUCUGUUGCUGAGAAUCUUUGCGCCAAGGCAGCUGAGGCUGGAGUCAACGCUCGUGUUCUUCGCAUUGGCCAGAUCGUGGCUGACACAGCCCAUGGCAUUUGGAAUGCUCAGGAAGGUGUACCCAUGAUGAUGCAAACGGCAGUUACAAUUGGUGCUCUACCUAAGCUCACGGAAACACCAUCUUGGUUGCCUGUAGAUACUGUUGCUGGGGCUGUCGUCGACAUAUCUCUUUCAGAUUGUGGUAGUGUCUUUACGAACGUCACGAACCCGAAGUCCUUUGACUGGACUCGGGAUCUUCUUCCUGCUCUCCGACAGGCGGGCUUGACCUUUGAUGAGCUCGAACCCAAGGAAUGGGUACAGAGGCUGCGGGCUUCCAACCCUGAUCCUGCUGCCAACCCACCCAUCAAGCUGGUCGACUUCUUCGCAUCCAAGUAUGACAAGGAUGAGUUCUCGCCGUCCAAGCCAUUUACUACUUCUAAGGCAUGUGCUCUUUCACCCGCUCUGGCAAAUUCUUCGGUCCUGAACCAGGCUUUCGUCAACAAGAUUUGCACUCGAGCUAGAGAAACUCUGUAUGAUCUCGAGCAUGACUGUGUUGUCAUGAGCUGCUCUGCUUUGAAGGUCAGCUACCGGGCCGCGAUGCGUCAGAAAUUACAACAGCACAACAUCAAGGCACUUUUUCUGGACCUCCAAGCCAGUGCUGCAGUUCUGACCAGCCGCCUAGAAGCACGUGAGAGCCAUUACAUGACUUCAGAUAUGGUUGAUGGACAGGUUAAGCUUCACGAGGUUGCAACCCAAGAGGAAGCAGAUGUAUUCCCGGUUGAUUCGGAACUGUCGAAGGAGGAAGUCGUAGAGGAAGCCCUGUGGUUUCUACGUAAGAAUAUUAGCUCAUAG